UCAUCACGAUGCCGACUUACACAACAUAUAUAUCUCCACAACAAAUCCGCUGUUCAAUUUGCUUGCGGGCUGGUAAAGUGGACUUCGUUCGAGUGAACGAGGCCAUUCAAGGUGUCCCAAAAAUAACCCUUAUAAUUCUUUAAACUAAUUCUUAAACGGGUCUCAAUGAAAGGUCAAAUUUAAGCUUGAGUAUGAGUUUUACUAGAGUCAUUUUAGGUAAAGGGAAAGCAACUAGAACCGGCUUAAAGAGCUCAGUCGGUCUCCUUUCCCCUUCUGGAAUAGCUACUAAAAGAUGUCAAAGCAGACUGUUCAGCAGUUCAAGUUCAGAGGAUGAUAAAUACAUUGAACCAAGGACAAAAGUCCCCACUUUUCAUUUUCAAGACAGCCUUCCUCGGCUACCAAUUCCAAAGUUAGAAGACACAUGUCGCAGGUAUCUGGAUGCACAGAAACCUUUGUUAACACCUGAACAGUAUGAAGACACUAAGCAACUUGUUGAAAAGUUUCAGAAACGUGAGGCUCCAGGCCUUCAUGCAGAGCUUAUACAGAAAGACAAGCGCAACAAACAUACAAGUUACAUAGCAGGUCCUUGGUAUGACAUGUAUUUAGAAGCCAGGGAUUCUGUAGUUCUAAACUACAAUCCAUUCUUGAUGUUCAAAGAUGAUCCAGUGGCUGAAAAUAAUAAUCAGGUUGUUAGGGCAACCAACAUGAUAAAGUCUGCGAUGAGGUUCAAAUUAUCAUUAGAUGAUCUUUUUCUUGAGCCUGAUAUAUUUCAUCUAAAUCCCAAAUCAAGUGACACACAGUGGUUUCGGAAUAUUAUAAGGUUUGUUCCUCGGCAGCUGUCUUGGUAUGGUGCAUUUCUUGUAAAAGCUUUUCCUCUGGACAUGAGUCAGUACAGCAGACUGUUUUGCUCCACACGGAUACCAGAGCUGAAAAAAGACAAACUGGCCACAUUUGAAACCGGACGGCAUAUUCUUGUCAUGAGAAAAGGAAACUUUUACGUGUUUGACACAAUCACAACAGAUGGUAACAUAGUCCCAACUGCCACCAUAUAUCAAAAUCUCAAAUACAUCAUUGAAGACUCCACCCCUGCCCCCAACUUCCCAGUAGCUGCUCUGACGUCAGAAAAUCGUGACAGUUGGGCGAGCAUGCGCCAUGCUUUGGAAGCCAUUCCAGGUAAUGAGGAGGUCCUCAAGUUGAUUGACAGCGCCGUGUUUGUUCUCUGUCUGGAUGAUCAUGACGUUAGCAGUAUUGCGGAUGUUGCGCGAACGUUUCUUCACGGUGAUGGACGAAACAGAUGGUUCGACAAGUCAUUCCAGCUGAUAAUUUGCAACGAUGGAAAAGCAGCAGUUCAUUUUGAACAUGCUUGGGGCGAUGGAGUUGCUGUGUUGCGUUUCUUCAAUGAGGUUUAUAAAGACACUACGACUCGGCCGGCUUGCACCCCGGCCACCGCUCAAAACUUCAACGCGCAAGCGACCGCGAGAAAAUUGGACUUUAAAUUAAACCCUGAAAUUGAGAGAGGAAUCAGCGCCGCUAAAGAGGAAUUCGACAAAACUGUAAAUGGACUAGACAUUGCCGAGCUUCAGUUUCACACAUAUGGAAAAGAUUAUAUAAAGAGCAAGAAACUCAGCCCUGAUGCAAUCAUGCAGCUGGCUAUUCAG